AUGUCAAGCGGUAACAUACAAAAUGGUCGGAGCGCGGAAUUAGAAGAAAGAGAUUCCAUUUUUGAUUCUUUCUUUGCCCUUUGGGCAGUCUCUCUUUUUUCACUAACGCCUGGCUACAUUUACAUCUCUCUUUUUCUCCCCUCUCAUUUUCUAUGCAUUAUUUAUCUCUCUUCCGAUAACUCUACAUUACCCUCUCUCACUCUCUCUCUCUCUUUCUUUUUCUCUAUCUCCAUCUUUCUUUCACUCACACGAUUUUUCUUUAUCUCUCUCUUUAUUUUCCUCUCUCACACAGACUUUCUCUCUUUUUCUUUCUCUCUCUCUCUCUUUAUCUCCCCUCUUUAUCUAAAUUUUUUUCUCACACGAUUUCUCUUGGUCGCUCUGCUUCUGCCGUUUUUUGUCUCCCUCAUUCUCUUUCGCACGCACACACUCUUUCUCGGCUUUCUCUCUCUUCUCUCUCUCUCUCUCUCUCUCUCUCUACAGCUCAACGUCACUCGCUAUCUUUCUUUUUUUCCCCCAUUCUAUCCCCCUCCCUUUUACUUUUUGGUCUUUGGAAUUGUUUUCAAUGGCCAUCUAAUUCCAACCGGAAGUCCACGCUGA